ACUGUCACUUUGGUUUGUCACUAACAAGUUGUCACUACAGCACUUCAGAUUUGCCUUAUUUUCGCCUUCACCCGUCCGCUCCUAACAUCUGUGAUCCAAGAAUUUUGUGAUAUCCACCUGGAUCAUGGCCGAAUCUCAAUUGAACGACAACACCACUUGCGUAGUGUGUUUCAAAAAUGUCGUGUAUUUCUCAAUUGGCGAAUGUGACCAUCCUGUGUGUUUUGAGUGUUCGACACGCAUGAGAGUUCUUUGCUUGCAAAACGAAUGCCCGAUCUGCCGAAAGGAUCUCCUAAGGGUCGUCUUUACUGAUACCAUUCAACCCUACAAGGAAUUAAGAAAUAGAGUCUUCUCAGAUAGACUAUUUGAAAGGCAGUUUAAGAUAGGGUUCUGUAGUGAAGAAAUUAAAAAUGCCUAUGAGAGUCUACUUGCCAACCACUGCAAGAUCUGUGAUAAUACUCCAUUCCGUACUUUCAGUAUGCUCAACGAUCAUAUGAGAAAAGUUCACGAGCUUUAUUACUGUGACCUUUGUGUUAAACAUUUGAAGAUAUUUACCAGUGAAAGAAAAUGUUAUACCCGACAAGAACUUGCUCACCAUCGACGGAAAGGAGAUUUAGAUGACACAUCUCAUAGGGGUCAUCCACUUUGUGAAUUUUGUGAGGAUCGGUUUAUGGAUGCAGAUGAAUUGUACCGUCACCUGCGGAAGGAGCAUCUUUAUUGUCACCUAUGUGAUGCCGAUGGUCGCAACCUGUACUACGCGACGCACUCUGCGCUUGCGCAUCAUUUUCGUAACGAGCACUAUCUGUGUGAGGAUGGCGAGUGUGCAGGACAGCAUCUCACAGCUGUGUUUCGAAGCGAAAUUGAUCUAAAAGCCCACAAAGCGACUGUGCACGGCCGUGGGAUGCCGCGCGGCGCCGCUAGACAAGCGCGCACAUUGGAAUUACAGUUCAAUAUAACUCCGCAUGCCGUCGUACAGAGGGCCCCUAGAGAGCGGGUAGAGCCCCCGCCGGCCCCGCCCACCCCGGUGGCCACGCCCAUCGACCCGCGUAGUGACGAGCAAUUCCCGCGCCUGUCCGCCGCGCCGCCCGCGCCCACCCCUUUGUUAGCGGCACCGUCGCGUGUCUUUCAAGGUGGCGACCGGCUCGUGCGCAACGACCGCAACUUCCCGGCGCUGGACGGCUCGCCGGCGCGCCCGCCCGCGCCGCCCGCCCCCGCGCCCCGCGCCGCCGCCGUGCUGCGGAACGCCUCGAAGCCGAGUGUCUCCAUACAACUGCACAGCCAGCCGAGUGCAAGCAACUUCCGGUUGACGCAGACAAGCGGAAACCGUAUAUCUAUCCCUUCGCAAAAGAAACCGCCGCUCUCUGAUGAUGAUUUCCCCUCGCUUGGUAUCGCGAGAGACGACCAUCCCAGUAUUGGAGCUGGAACGGUUCAACCGCCAAAGGUUACUAUGAUUAACAGUGAGGAGUUAGGAGCAUUAAAGAAUAAUCAAAAGAUUCAAAGGAGUUCUGAAUCUAAAAAAGCUAGUUUAAACUCGGAAGCGUUUCCGGCUCUGUCAUCGUCAUCGGUGCCGAGUGCGCCGCCUCAGUGGAUCACUGUAUCAAAAUCGAAAGAGAAGUCUAAGCAAAAACCAGAACCACCUCCUACUCCGCGAGAACCUAGUUUCAAUCCCGCGGCAGAUUUUCCAACUCUACCCAUUAGCACUAAAUCGAAAGCUAAAAAAUCGCAAACUCAACCACAAACCCAACCACAAACUAAAAUCCAAAAUAAUAACGUUUCUACUGAAAACACUAAAAAUAAAAAGGACAAAAAGAAGCAAAACUCAAACCUGAAGGACGUCUCUGCGGAUUUAAAUAUCGUCGAUAGAAUUAACGACGUAAAAAUAAAAAACGAGUACAUCAACGCGAGCGUCAACAACAACAACAACAGCGUCGAGACCGACAAGAAGAUUAAGACGAUCAGCGAGACGCCCUCGAAGAACGAGCAGAAGAACUCGGGCAACGGCGACUUCUCGCUGACUCUCAAGGAGUACCCGCCGCUGAACAAGCGCGCCGAGCACGGUCCCCAGCGAGUCGAGAGCCGGCAGCCCGCGCCGCGCCCGGAGAACUACUCGCAGCGGAUCGUGCAGAACGGCAGCGUGCCGCCCGGCUUCAAGAAGCGGCCGCCGUGCGACGGCAUGACCUUCACGAACUCUGCCGGCCAGACGUUCCCCGCGCCCGUGCACACCUACAUCCCGCCGCCCGACUUCGAGCAGCGCAACCGGACGCUCGUGAAGAAGUUCGCCGUCGCGCUCGGCGGGGCCGCCGCCGUCGAGGACUUCAAGGUGGCCUCGCGGGCCUUCCGCGACGGCCUCAUCGGCGCCGACGAGUUCUACCGGCACUGCGAGUCGGCGCUGGGCGCGCAGCUGGAGGAGGUGUUCCCGGAGCUGGUGGCGCUGCUGCCCGACAUCGGCAAGCAGCAGGAGCUGGUGCUGGGGCGCGGCGCGGGCGCGCUGCUCGUGUGCGGCGCGUGCGGCCAGCUGCUGGCCGCGCCCGACCGCGCGCCGCACGACGCCCAGCACUGGCCGCCGCUCGCCUCGCGCUGA